UGGUCACAUCAUCGAUCGAGCGCAUUUUUGGCGGGAAGCAUUUUCUGUGUUUUCCUCGCAUUUUCCCGCAAACAGCGUCCGAAAAAACACAUUUGGCUUGCAUUUGCGCCCAGUUUAAUUGUUCUGUAUUAUAAAUUCAAGAGAAUACAAUGGCCCGACGCGACUACGCCCAGGAUAGAGAAUCCAUCAAGACCUUCCUGUCGGAGUUCUGCAAAUGCGACGAUGAUGGCAAAAAGGAGUUUGUGUACGGCUCCCAGCUGGUGAAGCUGGCCCAUCGGGAGCAGGUCCUCAUCACCAUCGAUCUGGACGACCUGGCGGAGUUCAACGAGAGCCUCGCGGAGGCAGUGAUGGACAAUUGCCGGCGGUACUCGGCCAUCUUUAGUGAUGUGAUCGCUGAGCUGCUGCCCAGCUAUAAGCAGCAGGAGGUGCACGCCAAGGAUGCGUUGGAUGUGUACAUCGAACAUCGUCUUAUGAUGGACGCCCGCACCAGGAAUCCCAUGGAGCAGCGUGACGAACGGAACAGCUUCCCCUCGGAACUGAUGAAGCGUUUCGAGGUUGGCUUCAAGCCCCAGUCAACGGAGAAGGCUCACUCUAUACGCGAGGUGAAGGCCCAGCAUAUUGGCAAACUGGUCACCGUGCGCGGCAUCGUCACCCGCUGCACCGAAGUGAAACCCAUGAUGGUGGUAGCCACAUACACGUGUGAUCGUUGCGGCUCCGAGACCUAUCAGCCGGUCAACUCGCUCUCCUUUACGCCCGUCCACGACUGCCCGUCGGACGAUUGCCGGGUGAACAAGGCGGGUGGCAGGCUGUACCUUCAGACGCGCGGCUCCAAGUUCAUCAAGUUCCAGGAACUGAAGAUGCAGGAGCACAGCGACCAGGUGCCCGUUGGCCACAUUCCCCGCAGCAUGACGGUGCUCUGCAGGGGUGAAGUGACCCGAAUGGCCCAACCAGGCGACCACAUAGUCGUCUCGGGCGUAUUUCUGCCCCUGGUGCGCAGCGGGUUCCAGCAGAUGCUGCAGGGUCUGCUGUCGGAGACCUUCCUGCAAGCUCAUCGCAUUAUUUGUAUCAACAAGAACGAUGAGAUCUCGGACAAGGAUGCCGAACUUACACCCGACGAGCUGGAGGAGCUGGCCCAGGAUGACUUUUACGAGCGAUUGGCCACCAGCUUGGCCCCUGAGAUCUACGGCCAUUUAGAUGUAAAAAAGGCUCUGCUCCUGCUGCUGGUUGGAGGCGUGGACAAGCGACCGGAUGGCAUGAAAAUUCGUGGCAACAUCAACAUCUGCUUGAUGGGCGACCCCGGUGUGGCCAAGUCCCAGCUGUUGGGCUAUAUCAGUCGCCUGGCUAUACGUUCGCAGUACACCACUGGACGUGGUUCCUCCGGUGUGGGUCUUACGGCUGCCGUGAUGAAGGAUCCCCUCACCGGCGAGAUGACACUUGAAGGUGGCGCACUGGUCCUUGCCGAUCAAGGUGUGUGCUGCAUCGAUGAGUUCGACAAGAUGGCGGAUACGGAUCGUACGGCCAUUCACGAGGUGAUGGAACAACAGACCAUCUCGAUAGCCAAGGCAGGCAUUAUGACCACACUGAAUGCACGCGUCUCCAUUUUGGCCGCUGCCAAUCCCGCCUUCGGUCGCUACAAUCCUCGCCGUACCGUGGAGCAAAACAUCCAGUUGCCUGCGGCUCUGCUCUCACGUUUCGAUCUGCUAUGGCUCAUCCAGGACAAGCCGGAUCGCGACAACGAUCUGCGACUGGCCAAGCAUAUCACGUACGUGCAUAGCCACAGCAAACAACCACCGUCGCGAGUCAAGGCACUGGACAUGAAUCUCAUGCGGCGUUACAUUAAUCUGUGCAAGCGCAAGAAUCCCACCAUUCCCGAUGAGCUCACCGAUUACAUUGUGGGUGCCUACGUAGAACUGCGACGAGAAGCACGCAACCAGAAGGACAUGACAUUCACCUCUGCCCGUAACUUGCUGGGCAUCCUGCGUUUGUCCACUGCCUUGGCCCGGCUGCGUCUCUCCGAUCGCGUGGAGAAGGACGAUGUGGCCGAGGCUCUGCGUCUGCUGGAAAUGUCCAAGGAUUCGCUCAAUCAGAUCCACGAGCACCAGAAGGGACAUGUUCCCAACACUUCGGAUCGCAUCUUUGCCAUUGUACGCGAGUUGGCUGGCUCUGGCAAGGCGGUGAAGAUCGCCGAUAUUAUGGACCGGUGCACCACCAAGGGCUUCAAACCUGACCAAGUGGACAAAUGCAUUGACGACUAUGAGGAGCUUAACGUAUGGCAGGUCAACAUGGGACGCACAAAGAUCACCUUUAUGUAAAAGGUUUGCACCCUUUUCAAUUACAAAUUAGUAGUUAAGUUUCUAUAUCUUUAUCGUUAACUUUAUGCCAUUUUUCUCUCACAUUGCCACUUUACCAUUGAUCAUUUUUAUAAAUAAAUAAUAAUGUAUUUAAA